AUGGGCCCCCUACUGCUCGCCGUGCGGGGGCGCCACCUCUGCCUGACGGGUAUCCGGCGUCUGCUAGGCCGGAGCGGGUCACAGAGCAGCCUGGUGCAGACUUUGCUGUGCAGAAGGAUCACCCCCACCUUUAAGGGGAUCACCAGCGUCUUGGUAAAGCAGCAUAUUGUCAGAGACCCAGUCCAGCUAUGGAGGCUGCUAGGGGGAAUUCAUUAUUUUCAGAACACUGAAUCAAGAAGACAAGAAAACAAAAAAGAAAAUUCAAACCAGAGAAGUCAACAAGAUGACGAUGAUGAAAGGAAGAAAAGACAAGACUUAAUUCGGGUCUUUCGGUAUUUCAUUCUGGCGCUGACGCUGAUUAUAUUGAUCAAGCUCCUGUUUGUUGUAAACUAUAUAGAAGUCUCCUGGAACGACUUUAUAAAUGAAAUGUUAGCCAAGGGUGAGGUGGCUCGGGUGGAAGUUGACCUGGAGAUGGACUUUGUGUAUAUACAUCUACAUCCCGAUUCAGUGUUGUUGGGCCAAGCGGCCAGACGUCAAUACUACAGAAUGAAGGUUGCCAACAUGGACAAGUUUGAGGAAAGGCUUCGAACUGCAGAAGAUUCAUUAAACAUUUCAGUGAUGGAUCGCAUCCCUGUCAAAUACCGGCAUAUCGACGUAUCUGCAAAGAUCAUAAAUUCUGCAGUCGCGGUUAGCAUCUUUUUUUGCCCUUUUCUACCUUCUUUUUCCGGAGAUUUGGGGAGGCAGUACGUCAAGGAGCUUUUGGGGCUUUUAACCAAUUGAAAUUGGCUCGUUUCACUAUUGUAGAUGGAAAGGGAAUCAGCUUCAAAGAUGUUGCUGGGAUGCAUGAGGCCAAGAUGGAAGUUAAGGAGUUUGUGGAUUACUUAAAGAGUCCAGAGCGAUACCUACACUUGGGGGCUAAAGUACCUAAAGGUGCGUUACUUCUCGGGCCGCCAGGAUGUGGGAAAACCCUGCUUGCCAAGGCCGUAGCCACAGAAGCGCAGGUGCCAUUCCUGGCAAUAGCCGGCUCAGAAUUUGUGGAGGUGAUUGGAGGCCUAGGUGCAGCGCGCAUGCGUAGCCUCUUCAAAGAAGCUCGUGCCCGAGCUCCCUGCAUUGUCUACAUUGAUGAGAUUGAUGCCGUAGGAAAGAAGAGGGCCACAAACAUGUCUGCAUUCUCAAACACCGAGGAGGAACAAACGCUCAACCAGUUGCUGGUAGAGAUGGAUGGUAUGGGCACCACCGAUCAUGUGAUCGUGCUCGCCUCCACCAACAGAGCUGACGUUCUGGACAACGCAUUGAUGCGGCCAGGAAGAUUGGACAGACACAUCUUCAUCGAUCUCCCCACACUGCAGGAGAGAAGAGAGAUUUUUGAGCAGCACCUAAAGAGCCUGAAGUUGACACAGCCUGGAAAUUUCUACUCCCAGGGUUUGGCGGAACUUACUCCGGGAUUCAGUGGGGCCGACAUCGCUAAUAUUUGUAACGAGGCAGCUCUGCAUGCAGCGCGGGAAGGACAUCAGUCCGUACACACCUCCAACUUUGAUUAUGCUGUGGAGAGAGUGAUUGCAGGAACCGUCAAGAAAAGCAAGAUCCUGUCAAAGGAGGAGAGGCGUGUGGUAGCGUAUCAUGAGUCUGGACAUGCCCUGGUGGGGUGGAUGCUAGAAAACACUGAAGCUGUGAUGAAGGUGUCCAUUGCUCCAAGAACCAAUGCAACGCUGGGGUUUGCUCAGAUCUUGCCAAGGGAACAGUACCUCUUCACCAAGGAGCAGCUAUUUGAGCGGAUGUGUAUGGGGCUGGGUGGCAGAGUGGCCGAGGUCAUCACCUUCAACAAGGUCACAACUGGAGCUCAAGAUGACCUGAGGAAGGUGACUAAGGUGGCCUAUAACAUGGUGAAACAUUAUGGCAUGGUGCCCAGCAUCGGACAAGUGUCAUUCCCAGACGGAGAAAAAGCCGGCAUUGGGAGACGACCAUUCAGCCAGGGGCUUCAGGAAAUGAUGGAUUAUGAGCAGGGCUUUUUUUUUUUCUUUUUGAGGCGUGAUCUGUCACCAUUUGUGCUAAGACGUUUCAUACUUGUGCGUUCUCAGUUGGCCGAGCUCCUGUUGGAGCGUGAAGUCGUUAAUUACAGUGACAUUGAAGAGUUGAUUGGCCCUCCUCCACACGGACCUAAGAGAAUGAUCGCUCCACAGAGCUGGAUCGAGGCCGAGAGGGACCGACAAGAAACUAGAGAGGAGGAGCCACGCCCGCCCGCACCACCUCCACGAGACCCAGAAAAUGACAUCAACCUAAAUUCUGUGUGA